AUGUCAGUGGUUCCGAUUCCACUCCCAUGUUCCGCCGCCCACCGUAUUCGCAUAGCUUCCCUCAUCUCUCCUCUUAAGCGCGUUCGUCCAAGAGCUCCAUUCUAUGAACUCUCUGCUCACCGUGUUCCAACCCUCUGGUCACUGUAUCGGGGUUUGCUCAGACAUGCACCGGGGGAAAAUAUCCGAUUUCGUGUGCGAAUGAUGUUCAGGAAGAACCAGCACGUUGUGAAGGCGCAUUCUGCGAAAGAGCAACUUGUGAUGGGAUACAAGUGGUUAGAAUCUUUCAAGCGCGCGGAGCAAGGUGAUAUCAAAUUUCAGAACAUUUUCAGCAGGUAUGAAAGAAUGAUUGCCACCAAGCGCGAGAAGACCGCUUGGAAAAUGCGUAUACUAGAGGCUUUCAACUGGGAAGCCAAGCUCCGCAGUCGUCCUAUUUUCAAAGGCUCUUUCAUCCGUCCCUCGUUUGACAAUAAACUUCUUCCUCGCCUGAUCCCUCAGCCUGCUCACAUAACUGGAAUGAUCGUGCGUCGACGUCUCGCGCGCGACCGUCGAUGGGAGCAACGGGAAACAUUGAAGAGCUGGGCACAUGACUUACGGCACGAGAGUCUUUUUGAGCACGCGUUGCUCAAGAGUGCACGAGGCGAGACCGUGGGUGCGGCUCGGCACAUGAAGGGCAGGAUGUUGGGGGACCAUGCCAACCGAUGUGCAGGAGAGGUUGUUCAACUGCUUCGUAAAGAACACUUGUUGUGGGCCCCAGUGUACACGGGAGGGGCAAAAUCUGAGUGGGAUGAGCCCUUCCUUAAGCGCCAGGCUGAACUAAAGGAAUGCAUGAUGCGCGAUAUUUCACGGUAUCGUGCUGCACCGCCCGCUGGACUUGUACUGCAAGGUAAACAAGCACGUCGAGAAAAGGUGGCAAACAAAACAAUUCAAAGACAGCGUGAACGUUCUGGUGAAGUCACUGCUGCCACCAUUAAACGCCGGCGGAGCGCACCGCCUGCACACGUCCGAGAACUCAUGACACCAAAGCAACUGCUAGUGGACAGGGUGAUAAGGGAAGCAAGCGAGGGCGGGUGGUCGGGCGCUGUUAAGGCGCACAUGGGCGUACAUAUGUACAUGCCCGAAAAAUGGAAGGCCGAGGGCGGGUGGGAAGAUGAAGAAAAGAAGAAACUUCUGGAUGAUAUGGAGAGGAAGAUUCGGGCGGAGAAUGAGAGACGAAGAAAACACAGUAAGCUGGAUGCUGCCUCCUUGUCUGAGUAG